AUGGCACAGGAGAAAAGUCGCCUCAUGGACAUGAGCCAGGAGUAUUCGGAGAACGGGCAGGGCCUGUCAGAAAAUAAGGAGGGUGUGACACAGCUGACUUUUACCCAAAAAACGGAUCGGAAGGUCAUUGUCUUGGGUUCCGACCAAUCAGACGCGUCCUCCUGUGUCUUCUCUGUCUGCAGUUCUGUCAAGAGUUCACUUGGACUGCAGCGGACUGCCAGUCUACCUCGCAGGAGUAAGAACCGUCUCCCAGCCUGCCCUCCUCAACGUCCCAUUUCAAUGCAUGGUGCUCUGGACCCCAGUCUUCUCGUGGCUCAGCUCUCCAGUGGAAGCAACGGUCAUUAUCUGGGAAGCCCAAACCUCCAAUUCUCACGUUACAACAAACCCCUUUACCAGCUGCUGGGUGGCCAGGCAACUACCAGGCAGCUGGGAGGAACUUCGCAAGGACCUUACAGCCUUGAAAACUGCGUCACCAAACUGGCAGAGAUGGAACGCCGGGUGCGGGAAGCCAUGGCGGAACGGGAACGAUUGCUGAAAGAAAGGGAAGCUAUGAAAGUAGCUGAGGAGGUGAAACGUAUGGAAUUGUCCCCUUCAAACGUGAUCCACAACCACAUGGAGAUCCAGGAACCCAAACCAGCUGCCUUUGACCUGCGCAAACAUCUAGAGGCCUCGGGACAUAGCGUCGAGACCUGCCAGCACACGAGGGUGACCAGCAAAUCUUGCAAGGGUUACCUGGUCAAAAUGGGCGGGAGGAUCAAAACUUGGAAGAAACGUUGGUUCACCUUUGAUCGCCAGAAGCGGGUCUUGGCGUACUACACAGAUAAAGAAGAGACCAAGCUUAAGGGUGUGAUCUACUUCCAGGCCAUUGAAGAGGUUUACUGCGACCAUCUCCGUAGUGCUUUCAAGAGUCCCAACCCCAAACUGACCUUCUGCGUCAAGACUUAUGAUCGUCUCUUCUGUAUGGUGGCACCAAGUCCAGAGGCUAUGAGGAUCUGGAUGGAUGCAAUUGUCACAGCAGCUGAGGAGAACACCCGCUACUGACCAGAUUUUUCAUACAAACAUCGCUUUGGGAAUGUAGCAUUUCUUCCCAAGGUUUUGCUGGGAUAUCUCCUUCUAAGGGAAAACUGAUCAACGAGGGAAUCCAGUGGCAGAAGCUGGAUGCUUUAUGUGUUUGUUGGAGUCUAACUACCAUUUAGCGCCUGUCCAGUAACCCAGAGUUCCAACUGUUGAUCCUUGAAGAUGGAUAGGUUGGAUGUUUUGUGUUGUUUUCAAUGGACCCAGUUCAGAAGACAUUUCUGAUCACAUGGUCUGCUGGAGAAGACUUCAGAUGGCAUUUUGGAAGGCAGGCUGUUGGUAUGGAUUCCAGCCAGUUGCAUGAAAGAUCGCAGUCUAUUCCAGAGAAUUCAUACCGAUUUCUCUGGAAGAUGCCCUUAACUAAGAAAAGGACACUGUCUGGAAAUCAGAUGAGAUUUUUGCAAUGACAUACUGUAAGUCAUUUGGCUUAUGUGAAAAUGUUCUUGAGAGUUGUGUUGGACACUUUGAUCGGAACUGCCGCUUUCCUUGAUCAGAAGGGAGAACUUCUCCCCACCCUGUAUAGAACUCUGUAUAUUUAUUGUGUGUUUUGGGUCUUUUCUUUAAAAACCUGGGAACACUGUUCAAAGGGAAGCCGUGUACAAAACCAUGUAUGGAAUAUUUAUUGCAUAAAUCCUUUAAGUGAAAA